AAUGCUGCCCAUAUUAAAAGUCUUACUUUCUAACCUCAACUUUUUCGUCCGCGCGGAUUAUCAGUACAACAAAAUAAUCUAAUCCAUGUUGCUUCUCAGGCUGUAAUAUUCUAUACAUAUGCAAAGACCAAAGUAGUCCUACAAUGGGAAAUAAAAAGGCCGGCAAGAAUUUAAAACAAAAGAAGAUUAAAACCGCCAAACCACAGAAAAAUACUAGAAUUGGAAAAUUCAAAAAAGGCAAUGGACUAAAACAAAAGAAACAAAUGGUACCAGAGAAACAAUUGAAAAAGAACUUAGGAAGAGAAUUGACAGAACACAAAUCGAUCAAAUUAAGUAAGAAACCAAAAUUGAGAGAGAGAAAAAGCAAUGUGAAAAACUUCAAAAGGAACCAAAAGGCAGAACUGAAAGAUCAGAAUGAAGCAAGCAGUCCCGCUCGUGGGAGAAAACGAAAACUAAAGCAAGACACUAAUAAUUCUCAAGAGUUUAAGAAAAUGAAAAAGACUGACCCGAACAACUCCAAUGUAGAGAGCGAAACAGAAACCGAACCGGAGCAAUCGAAGAAAAAGAAGAGACGUAGUAGGCUGAAGAAGAAACGAACUAAUAUUGAGGGAGCGGAUGAAACGAGUAAAAUUGCACCCAAUGCUGGGAAAUUUUUACUGAUCAACCUUAUCAAAACAUACUUAAAGGAGAAAGUGAAAACAAUACCCGUGUCAAAAAUGCAACAAAGGGUGCUUAAAAAGUAUUGCCAAUUAAAAGGUGUUGAAGAAAGCCCUAAGCUUGUUAAGGAAUUUCAUCAAAGCUUGAAAUCAACGUUCGGUGUUGUAGUAAUUGAUGAUGUUGUAAAACUUGUAAAUCGAUAAUAAUUGGUCUUAUAUAAUCUAUGUUGCAAUAAUAAUUGUAUGAAAUUUAUUAGAGAUUUGUGUAAAAAGUGUCACACAAAACUAAUUUGUAUAUAAUAAAGAGACAGAGAAAGGA